AUGCCCAAGGACACGGUGAAGCUCAUCAGCGCGGAUGGUUUCGAGUUCGUGGUAGAUUAUGAGGCCGCCUGCGUGUCCAACACCAUCAAGAACAUGCUCAACGCGGGGGGGUGCUUCACGGAGAGCGAGCGAGGGGAGGUGACGUUCAAGGAGAUCUCGGGCGCCGUCCUGGAGCAGGUGUGCAGAUACUUCUAUUACAACCUGAGGCACCAGAACUCUGCUGCCAGGAGCGUGCCCGAGUUCAAGGUGGAGCCUUCGAUAGCGCUGGAGCUAUUGAUGGCAGCCAACUUCCUGGACACUUGA